UGGGGUGUCUGUGUAGUAGGAACUUUCUUUGUACUUUCUUUGUUUCCACAACCAUGCUGUUGUGUCGCUGUUGUGUUAUCUGACUUGAGGACUUGUUAAUAUCGUAUGAGGAGUGGCGAUUCUGUCGAUUCCCAAUGGCAGACGGUCUGCCUUCAGGAUUACUGGAAGCAUGUGUCGUUGUUGGACCUGCAAAUAAUAAACUAAAGGAGCUGUCCCAGUCUUUUCUGCAGGUGAAUGGAAGUCCUCUACCGCUACUCGAUCCUGAGGUCCUGCAGGUCCAUGCACCUCCGUUUUUGUCUAAAGAGAGUCUCAGUGAACCAGAUGUAGGAAACGUCAGCCAGAACCAGCAACAGCGCUUCUUCAUUAAGAAGAAAAAUGAUAGACCUGUUAUUAAGGCUGGAAACCCCAAAGAAGAAACCACAGAGGAUGUUCGUGUUCCCAAAGACCUGGAUCUGGUGGCUCUGCCACAACUCUGCUUUCCAGGUGGGCUUCAGAUAACUAAGGAGCAAAAGGAAGAACAGUUUCACUUUCUAGUCUUCACUGACAUGUUUGGAAACCAGUCUCAUGGAGUAGUUCUCCAGUUCUCUAGAUUAAUACAGGAAGGACUGCAGAAUGGACACCGACACUUGUACAAGUCUCCACAACUCUACAUUGCUUAUGCAAUAUGUGUUAUAUCAAAACACCCAUAUUACAAUGCUCUCAGGGACUGUUUGUCCAGCCUUUUAGGUCAGCUCAAAAUCUGUCAAAUGACUGAUAUGGAAGAGCAAGUGAAGGAGUUCUCUGCUAAACUGGCUCUAGUUCCAGUUCCUCCUCCUGGUCAGCUGUAUGUGGUGUUCACCUUACAACCUCUGACGAUUGUCCUUCCAUCCAGAGAAGAUAAAAAUCAUCCUGUUAUUGACCUGGACUUACAUCUUCCACUCCUCUGCUUCAAGACCAGAGAGCUGCUGCAGAUUAUAGCCAGUAUACUCACAGAGCAGCGUAUGGUGUUCUUUUCCUCGGACUGGGCCAAACUGACCCUGAUCGUAGAGUGUUUCAUGCUGUAUAUUUGGCCCCUGCACUGGCAGCACCCUCUGGUGCCUAUACUGUCUCAAAAGAUGCUUGACUUUGUUAUGGCACCGACUGCUUUCCUCAUGGGAUGCCACAUCAGCCACUAUGAGGAAGUUGCCCAGUUAACCGAUGAUCUGAUUCUGAUCAAUAUUGAUGAGGGAACCGUGUCCUGCUCUGGCUGUCAUUACAUUGACGUCCCAGACACCCCACAGGCAGCUGCUGAGCGUUUCAAGUGUCGAAAGAAAGGUCUGCAGUUACACUAUGACCUGGAAGUGGUUCAUCAGAGAAACUGUUGCAAUCUUAAUGAGCUGCGGAUGCAGAGAAGCUGGCAACACAGUCUCAAUUUGGAUAUACAAAACAUCACCCUGGAGCUCAUCGUUAACAUGUUUAGAGAUGUCAGUGAUUACCUUAAUCAUGAACACAGAGUUUUUAACACUGAUGAGUUUCUGAAGACCAGGGAACCAGGCGACCAACCAUUUUAUAAAAAGGUCUUGGAAACGCACAUUUUCCACUCCUUCUUGAAAGAACGUCUGAAUGGAAAAAUAGAUAAAUUUACCCAAAUGGAUCUUAGUACUCAGACAGAAGACCAAAUAUUGAGCAAAUCGUUGGAUUACUCACGCAGACCCACCAUAAAGGAAAUAAAGAUUUUGCGAAGUGAGUCUUUAAAGAGUGGUUUGAGUAAACGUCUGGGCUCAAGUCUCCCUGACCUGGACAACAAGAAACACCUGACUUUGCCUAAACAGAUGUCUCCAACUAAGACCAUUCCUGAAAAGUCUAUGAAUACUCCAGUCAGGCCAGUCAAGAACUUCCAGCUCCCAGAAUUCCCUUCUCCCUUGACCUACCCCAAUGUGAUCCAUUACAUUGGAGAUGUUAUCCUUCAGCUGAACAAGGCCAUAUCAGCUAGCCCAGCUGUUGAUUCCUUCCUGCUAGCAAGAUACUUUUACCUACGUGGUCUCAUCAACAUGCUGUGCUCUAAGCGAUUGAAUGCCCUCAGUGACUUCCAGAACCUCUACAAAACAGAUAUUGAGAUUUUUCCUGAAGAGCUGGUGAAGACACUGACGGAUUCUCUGCAGAUGGAGGAGAGAGCCCAGGCAGAGAAGAGACCUGAGCUCAAAUCUCUCAUCUGUCAGGUGAAGAACAAUGAAAACAGCGAGCAUGUAGAAUCAGAUUGUCACGUGAGAAAGUUCGAGCUGCCCAAGACUCCCAUGCAGCUGGAGGAGUUUGUGACGUGCACUCAACAAUCUGGUAUUGUGCGGGACAUGGCCACUUCAGAAAGAUUGUUUGAAGCUCUCACUGUCGGUGGGCCGAAGCAUAUUAAUCCAGAGAUGUUCAGACUGUUUUAUACCUUCUGGAAACAGGCAGAAGCACAGGAGAUUGACCUGCCUGUUGAGGUUCUGGAACAUCUAGACAACAAUGAGUGUGUGUACAAGCUGUCCAGCUCUGUGAAGACCAAUUAUGGUGUUGGUAAAAUUGCCAUGACUCAGAAGAGGCUCUUUCUGUUGACUGUUGGCAGACGUGUAUAUGUUGAGAUUACCAAGUUUAGGGACAUUGAGGAAGUAAAGAUCUCCACUGCUUCAUUCUCACUUUUGAGGGUCCCAUCUCUAAAGAUCAAGAACAGCCUGAGGCAAGAAAUAUUUGAGGCUAAUUUAAAAUCCGAGUGUGAACUGUGGAACCUGAUGGUCAAGGAGAUGUGGGCUGGGAGAAUGAUGGCAGACAACCAUAAGGACCCCCAGUAUGUGCAGCAGGCACUGACCAAUGUCCUGCUUAUGGAUGCAGUGGUGGCCUGUUUAGAGACACAGAAGGCUGUGUGUGCUGCCUCCAAACUGGCCUAUAAUGAAAAGCAACGGCAAGAAGUGCCCAUGAUCAUCCCCAGACCCACAGCAGAGACUCUGAAACACAAGAUUAAUCCGUCCCAGUACAUGACGAACCCUCAGUCUGUCGAUGUCUUGCUGUACACUCCAGGCCAGUUAACUAUUCCAGACAAAGAUGUGGAUAGAAACCCUAAGCUCUGGUGUGCCCUCAGCUGUGGGAAGGUGGUUGUGUUUGAUGCAGUCAGUUGGUCCCUAAAGCAAAACUACAUUCAUUUAGGAGAAUCUCGACUGAACUGCAUGAUGGGAUUGGGGCAGGAGCAGGUGUGGAUUGGUUCUCAGGAUUCUGUCAUUUACAUAAUCAACACCCGCAGUAUGCUGUGUCAUAAACAGCUGACUGAGCACCACGGAGAGGUCACAGACUUCGCCCUGGAGAAACUGAAUACUGAGAACAGAUCAAGCCAAGCACAGGUGUAUUCCUGUAGUGCAGAUGGCACUGUGAUUGUUUGGAUCGUCCCCUCUUUGAAGGUGAAGAGGCAGUUUCAACUGUCCUGUGACAGACUGCAGUCCAUUCAGGUUUAUGAUGACGCCUUAUGGUGUGGUGCCAGGGAUUGUGUCAUGAAGCUGAGUCCCAGUGGAGCUCUGCUUUGUAAGAUUUCACUCCCAGAUGAUGUGAAAACCACAGCCUUCAGCAGGGUCACACUGCUUAUGGAGAGAAGACAGAUCUGGACAAGUUUCACAGACUCAGCAGAGCUUUGUAUAUGGGACUCCAGUGACCCCGUCAAACCACCUAAUCGGGUCACACUCCCCAACUGCAGUGGGGUCACCUGUAUGAUCAGAGUAAAGGAUCAGGUCUGGAUUGGUUGCAGUGGUGGGUCAGGCCACAGUAAGGUUGUGGGGAAGAUCUUUGUGUUGGACUCUGAGAGCCUGAAGGUUGAGAAGGAGCUUGAGGCCCACGAAGACACCGUUCAAGCUCUCUUCUCAGUGGAGGACCGAUACAUACUCAGCGGCUCUGCAAAACGUGACAGCAAAAUCGCCAUCUGGAGAGUAGAUUAAACAGGCUGACACAACUUUUAAGGUAUCAGCUUCACAAACAGGUGCAUCAGGAUCUGCGACACGCAAGUGGUCUCAACUUGGGAGAAGAAUUGUAUACACAGUUGCCCUUUAAAAGUUAUCCAAUAAUGGCACUAUGAAGACCAACUGGCGUAACUUGAAGGUUGCAAAUACUUCAUCAAGCUAGACAAGGGAGUGAAACAACUACUACAAGGCUUUUUUCUACAAAUAGUCCUAUGUUAAGAAUGCUCAGAUCUUUCUGGAAAUAUAUUUUUGUUUAGCCUGAAUAUAAGCAAAGUCUUUAAAGCUUGUGGCGGUGAAAUAUAAAUAACAAGUUUAUUGUAUCUUUCUGAAUUAAUUUGAAAGCUCUUAGUGCUUUGAAAGCUGUUCUUAUUCCAAGAAAGCUGAAUAUAGAAUCGGGUGAGGUUUGUGGAGCUGCCAUGUACACAGUUUCCUGAAAAGCCCUGGAUCAAAGGGAAUUGAGGUCCAAACACCAGCACAGCCUGAGGAUGGACUGCAGCUGUAAUGAGUAGAUUGUGUAACAGUGUGCCAGUCCUUGUGGUGUCUCUGGAGUGCCUUGUAAGAUUGUAUGAAACCCUUUUUGAUAGACACUACUAUCUCGGUUUUUGUUUUUGCAGAUCUGUAUUUAUUUUGUAUCUCAAAUGUUUUGGGGGAAUCUCACAUAGAAAUCCCUGGGUUGUAUAAGGUCUCAAUUUAUUGUGUUUUUUUUUUUUUUUUUUUUUUACUUUUUUAUAAUUGCAUUAAGUAAAAAGUAAAUAGAAAUAAAACAUAUUUUAGAGACAUUAAAUUGUGCUUGCAUUUUGAGAAUAUUUUAAUGGCAGUCAAGCACAUUUUCCCCAAAAAUUCUCAUUACUGCAUGCAAAAAUAUCAUUACUCUAGUAAUUUAAUUAUAUCAUCCUAUCUGUCACACUGUAUUUGUACUAAAAUAAGAAUAAAUUCAGUACAGCAUCAGUAAUAAUGCCCUUGGUUUAAAUACUAUAAGUAAUAAUUUGUUGUACAAAUAUAAUUGAAAUAAUGUAUUUUUGCAUUACAAUAAUGAGAAUAAAGGGGAUACAUUUGUAUUUAUUCAUAAAUAAGAAAAAGAACAAAAUAAUAUUUCUUAAAAACAGGCUUGUUUUUCUUACAAAUUAUAAUUUCUUUUAACUUUGAGGUAAAAUAUGACCAAAAAAAUUACUUUUCAAGUUUCAUUAGAUUCAUUUUGCUUUGUACCAUUUUUUCUCCUCUUAGAUAAGCCUUUCUUCGCCUUUGAAAACACACGUUAUUUAAUGUCACACCUUAAAAUAGCAAUACUGAUGUGGAGUCUGUGUUUGCCUUUAAUAUUCAA